GUACACAGGUCCGCUCCGCCUGUUUCUGGGGACCUGGAAUGAGAAGCUGGCGCCUCGCCUCCCAAUCUCUCUCUCUCUCUGUGUGUGUGUGUUGUUUCUCUCGCCUCUCCUCCUUAACUGGAUUUCCAUCGCAGCAUCCCUGCUACUGGGCUACUACUUUCUCCAGGAGCGAACGAAUGGAUAUAUAAUAAUAGGGCAGAGAAUGGCGGAUAGAGAAAAAAGAAACCCGUCUCCAACUGGAUCCCCUUUCUUGGGUUUGCACAUCACCUCCUCGCCUAAUUUCAGGCUGACCCAUGACAUCAGUCUGGAUGAGUUUGAAGACGAGGAUCUGUCAGAGAUAACGGAGAUCACUGAUGAAUGUGGCAUGAGCCUGAACUGCAACGACAGCCUAGAUGUCACAUGCCGUGUGACCAGAGAGGCCAAUAGCGCAGCGGGGAAGGUGGAUGGGAGUGAGGCCAGCAAGCUGCAGGCAGAGAUACUUCAUUUGGAUUUGAUUGAUGCGGUGGAUGAGAUACAGGACGAGGAAGCUGAACUGCCCAACAAGGCCCCCCCAGUGAAGGAAUCCGUUCCCGUUACCAUGGAUACUUACAGACCCAAGAGACCCACCACCCUUAACCUCUUCCCACAGGUGCCUCGGACUCAGGACACACUAAACAACAACUCGCUUGGUAAGAAAUACAGCUGGCAGGAGAAAGUCUCUCGGUCAUCUUCCCCUUUAAAAACAGGAGAACUGACUCCACCGCACGACCACAUCUGCCUAAGUGACGAGGAUAAAGUCCAGCACAGCACAACACAGACCAAAGACAAAGGCACCUCAACAGACACCCCAUGUCGGCGCAGCUCUUCAACCCAGAGUAGUGGGGGGACGCGGUCCAAGCUUCAGGACAAGCCCAAGUCUACAGCAGGUGUGGAGCCACAGACACAGCUGCAGCAACAGCAACAGCAGCAGCAGCUGCAGCAACAGCAUCACAGCAAGGGGGCAGCGGAAGGGCACAGAGAUCGCAUCCGCUAUCACACUGACGUGCGGCUUGAGGCCACGGAGGAAAUUUACCUGACCCCCGUGCAGAAGAACUCAGACUCUCUGGAGCACGACAAGCCCUUCUUGUCUCAGUCCAGUGACAACCGCAUGUCAGUCAGCUCGGACAUAGACACGUCCCAUUACCAGUCCCUUCCCAACAGGACAAAUCCUUCCAUCAGUGAGGAGGAUGAGGUUUACUUUGCCCCUACUACCACCGCCUCGGCCUUAGAUCACAAAAUGAGCACAAGCCAGGCAGCCGAUUCCCAGGACAAUGCUUUUCAGGGAGACUCUGGCGUCCCACGGACUUCUAUCAGCUCCGAGGCCAGCGGCCUCUCGUACGACUCUGUCAAGUACACAUUAGUGGUGGACGAGAACAUGCAGCUGGAGCUCGUCAGCCUGAAGCAGUGCUACUCUGGCUACAGCGACGACAGCGAUUCUGCCACCGUCUACGACAACUGCGUCUCCUCGCCCUACGAGUCUGCCAUCGGGGAGGAGUACGAGGAGAGCGUGGUGAAGCGAGGCGCGGCGUGUUUGUCUGAGGACUCCACGCCCGAGGCAGACAUGCCCUUCUCGAGGAAAUUUCUGAAUGUCUUCAUGAACGGACGGUCGCGAUCUUCCAGUGCUGAGUCCUUUGGCUUGUUUUCAUGCGUAAUAAAUGGGGAAGAGAGAGAGCAGAGCCAUCGAGCAGUGUUCAGGUUUAUUCCACGUCACAACGAUGAGCUGGAUCUGGAGGUGGACGACCCUCUUCUGGUGGAAGUCCAGGCAGAUGACUACUGGUAUGAGGCCUACAACAUGAGGACAGGGGAGAGGGGAGUCUUCCCUGCCUACUACGCCAUCGAGGUCACCAAGGAGCCUGAGCCCUUUAAAGACAGUAAAGAGAAGAGGAGUGACUGGGUAGACAAAUUCCGGGUGAAAUUCCUUGGAUCCGUUCAAGUGCCAUAUCACAAAGGGAAUGAUGUUCUCUGUGCAGCUAUGCAAAAGAUUGCUACCAACCGAAGAAUGACAGUGCAGUUUAAUCCUCCUUCCUCCUGCAUUCUAGAGAUUAACAUGAGGGGGGUUAAAAUAGUUGUACAGGAUGACUAUAGUACAUUUGACAGAGAGUUUGCCUGUGGUGGGAGGAAGCUGGGAAGAAAGCUUGCCUUAGAAUCUGGGGGUAAUAAAUGCAGUCACUUCUUCCAACUAAAGAACAUCUCCUUUUGUGGGUAUCAUCCGAAGAACAAUAAGUACUUUGGGUUUAUUACCAAACAUCCUGCUGAUCACAGAUUUGCUUGUCAUGUUUUUGUCUCCGAAGAUUCAACAAAACCACUUGCGGAAUCUGUAGGGAGAGCAUUCCAACAAUUUUAUAAGGAAUAUGUGGAAUACACAUGCCCGACAGAAGACAUUUACUUGGAAUAGGCAGCCCUGCCGUGCCCAUGCUCCUUGUACAUUAUUGUGUAUCAUAUCAUGUUGCAUGAAGGAAAAAAAAUGAAACAUAUUACAUUUAACAAAAAAAAACAGACAUCUACUUUUUUGCUUAGAAAUUUUCUUUGGAAAAAAAAACGUCGUCUUAAGCAACCAUUGGUAGAAGGGUUUUAUUAUCAGCCCUGCAAAAUCUUAUUCAGAUGAUUACUGUGCAAAGCACAAUACUCUACUGCACACAACUUUGCACUUCAGAUCGUUUAAGUGGAUAAUGGACAUGAAAUUGAAGACUAGAAUUUUAUGUUCCUGAAAUAUCAAGAUUGUAUUGUAACAGCUAAUCCAACUGUAGGUUCUGUAGGUUUCGAUAAAAUUUUUAAGCCUGAAAUUAGAUGUCUAGUAAAGAUGUAUAACAGCCCAUUUUAUCAGCCUUUUUGGAUAAAAGAUAAUGUGAGCCUGUGAAUUGAGCUGGAGAUCUGUUUAAGUCCUGUAUUUGCACAGGAAAGAGACCAAAAUGUAUGGCAGUUAUUUUUUGGACAGAAUAUGUUCCAGUUUUCACAAUAUUCUUAUUUAAGAAAUUAAAAUAAUAAAUAUGGGAAAACAUCUUGACUUCUUUUACAGUUUUUAAAUAUCUUUAGUUUUGAAGCAGAUUAUUUUUAAAUUAAUGCAUGCUGUCCCAUAUUUUAUUUUCCAUUAUGGAUACUUUUUAUUGGGAUGCAACUUCCUGUGUACAAUGGCAUAAAGCCUAGCUUAUUACACCCAGUACAUGGGGGGUAGACAGAGGUUAGAAGACACAAGCUUCAGUAAAUUGUGUUUUUGAUACCUCUGAAACCUGGGAGUAUGAUUGAAAUUAAUAUAAAAUUAAACAGUUUAGAAGAAACUCUCUUUUCAGUUUAGCACUGCAUGGAGGACUGAACAUACAGUAAGAACUUUUAAAGGUUCUCUAAUGCAAGCAAGAACCAAGCUAGGUUGGUGAACUAUGCAGUGCAGUUAUGAAUAGCAAAGCCAAUUAUAAAUUUAAUUUAAAAAAAUGUGAACUUUACAUCUUUACAGAUCACAAAUAUUUCCUGUUUGUGUUUUUGGUGACAAAAUUAAGGGCUUAAAUUCUCAACAUAUGUGCACUUUUGUCUGAAUGAAAUAAAAUAAUCAUGAACUUUUUUAGUUUGUAACAAGGAUAUAUCAUAAUACCCAGAUACACAUUUUCUUGACCUGAUAACCUGGGGGAGGAAAAAUUGACUUCAAAUGAAAUGUCACUGUCUAAAAGGUCUGUUAAGUAACUACUGUGUUAAGGGUGCGGUAAACCACAUUUCAGAUGUUUUUACAAAAUUUGAGUAAUUUCGUUUAAGAAAUCAGUAAAAAAAUAUUUUUUGUAAUCUGAUAAGUAUUCACAAAAUAUUAUUUUAUAAAUGAAUUCUGUCAGUUUAUUAAUAAGAUAUUAAUUUCCAUACGUAAUGAAUGACUUGGUGUUGCUAAACUUAUAAUAUGUAUACAAGUAAUAUCCUUUCCCAACAGAAUUAAUUAGUAUGUAAUGGGUUUGUUUUGUUUGACAGCGCAUUACAACUGGACGUUUCUGUCAUUCAGAUCUCCAUAAGUAGUGCCUAUUCUUAUCAUUGUCAUUAGAAUGAAUAUUUUUCUUAUAUGGAAUCGAAAGUGGGGUGGUAUCAGUUGCUUAAUUGGCUUCUAUCAGGGAAAGAAAUAUCUGUGUAAGUGUGCAUGGAGUCAUAUCUCAAUAUCCUAUACCAGAUAUCUGUAAACCAAUAAUGCAUUAAUGUGGUACUGAUAAAUGUCCCUGCUGAAGAGGAUACGAAUAAGCAUUGUAUUUCUUUCAUAUGCAAUUGUUUUGCCUUUCAUCUAGAGGUUUUGGUAAUAUAGUCUACAGUAUAUUGUAUUAUAAAGAAGACUGGAAAACCAAAUUAGUAUAAUUUAAAAAUUAUUUAUGAAUAGCGUUAUAUUAAUUGAGAUGAGCCAAUUCUCACUUACAUAGUUUUUUUACAAUAUAAUUUAUUAGAUGUUUUCUUUUUUUAAUUGAAGAGCUGUUUUGAAAUGCUCGCCUACAUUUUUUGUUGGUUUCGCACAAUGAGCAUUUAGUUUAAUGUGGUCUUGGGUACUCAUAUUAUAAUACAGACAGGUUGCCUGAAACAACUUUUUGCAGCAUAAACAGAUACUGUUUGCAAAGCAGCAAAUAGGAUCCUUAGAAAUCUUGUGCACUUUGUGCACCUAAGGUUUUAGGACCACAGUCAGUGAUACAAGCAGUGUAGAAAUACGUUAACGCUUGAAUCUU